GGGGAGGGGCGGCGCGGAGCUGUGCGCACCCGCGGAGCUGCCGGCGGGGCCCGGAGGGACAGACGGACGGACGGACGGAGCGACGGACGGACAGACAGACAGACAGACAGACGGCGCGGCCCCUCCGCUCCGCUCCGCCCCCCCCCCCGCGCAGCCUCCGCCCUCGGCCGCCCCGCUCCGCUUUACAUAACCCGCCCGGGGCCGGGGUCCGCGCCCCGCGCCGCCGCGGCUCCGCUCGGCGGAAAUGCGGAGCCACUUGUCCCGGUUUCCUGCCUGAACCGAGAGCCGUACCGAGCCGUGCGCCCCGUCCCGCCCGUCCCGUCCCGUCCCGUCCCGUUCCCGGCCGUUCCGCCGCGUUCCACCAUGGGCGAGCGGCAGCCGGACGCCUUCUCCUGCAGCGCGGCCGCCUCGCUGGAGCCACGGCAAUGAAUGGGCACGCUCUGCCAGCCGGCACGCCAGCGCAUCCCCGGGGCUGGCAUGAGUUCUGCGAGCUGCACGCCAUCAGCACCGCCAAGGAGCUGGCGCGGCACUACCUGCGCUUUGCCACCGAGCACCCGCACCAUGACCUCCUGGCCGCUGAGAACUUCUCGGUGCAGUUCACCGACCUCUUCCAGCAGUACUUCUGCCAUGAGGUGAAGGAGGGCUUUGCCAUGAACCAGCUCCGCAUCCUGCCCACCGGCCCGGCGCGGGAUUACCGGGAGACGCACCGGCGGCACACGGAUGCCUCCCUGGGCACAGUGGUCGCCAAAGCCGAGGUGGAGCCCAGCGCCCGCCCGGAGCAGCCCGGCCGAGCCCCUGAGGCCACCUCAACGGGGCUGCGCAAGUCCUGGAGCUCGGAGGAGCUGGCGGGGCCGGCGCGGCGGCCCUUCUCACUCAGCCAGCUGCGCAGGAGCUGGCGCAGCCUUUUCCGACGCCGUUCCUCGGAUGCCCUCCCCGGGGAUGGGGACGGGGAGGCGGCGGCGGAGGCUGCUUUUAAGCCGGGACUGAGCAAGCGCAUCCUGCCGUGGGGGCUGUCGCGGGAGCAGCCCCCCGAGGUGCGCAAAGAGGGUGUCCUCAAGUACGGGCUGCUGGACGAGACCUUCCUGGACAGUGGGACGCGCUGGCAGCGCUGCCGCCUGGUUCUGCGGCGAGAGGGGACACCUGACGGCGAGGAGUACGUGCUGGAGCUUUUUGACCCGCCAAAGCUGGACAGCACAUGGCCAGAGAGCUGCAUCCCUCUCCUGGCAUCUCCAGGGACCGCAUCCUUCUUCUGGCAUCCCCAGGGCAGGAGCCAGGAAACCUGCCACGGGGGCUCCAAGCCGAAGCUGCAUGCCGCCUGCUCUGCCAUCCAGGAGGUGCGGAGGUGCACACGCCUCGAGAUGCCUGAUAACCUCCACACCUUCGUGCUCAAGGUCACCAAUGCCACCGACAUCCUGUUUGAGGCGGGGGAUGAGCAGCAGCUCAGCUCCUGGACGGCCGAGAUCCGAGAGUGUGUGCGCAGGGGCAGGUCCGACGCGGGUGACCCCGAGCUCCUGGCGUGCCGGCACCUUGACCCCGCGGCUGCCAGCCCCACCACCAGCACUGACACCCUCGGCCAAGGGGCGACGCCGGGGGGCCCGGGGGAGGCGGCAGGGCUGAAGAUGGAGCAGUUCCUCUCCUCCUGCCCCUGGUUCCACGGGCCCAUCUCCCGCGUGAAGGCGGCUCAGCUGGUGCAGCUGGGGGGGCUGGAGGGCCACGGUGUCUUCCUGGUGCGGCAGAGCGAGACGCGCCGCGGCGAGUACGUGCUCACCUUCAACUUCCAGGGCAGAGCAAAGCACCUGCGGCUGGCGCUGACGGAGCGGGGCCAGUGCCGUGUCCAACACCUCCGCUUCUCCUCCAUCGUGGAGAUGCUGCACCACUUCCAUCGGUACCCCAUCCCGCUGGAGUGCGGGACAGCCUGCGACGUCCGUCUGUCCAGCUACGUCGUCGUCCUGCCCCAGCCGCAAGCUCCCAGCUCCGGCAGCAUGGUCCCUCUCCCCCUGCCCGUCCCCGGCUGGAGCCCCGAAUUCAGCCUCGCCCCCGCCAGCUCCUCCUGCCCCCGCGGCCCUGACGAGACCCCCCCAGGUCCCCCACCGGAGCAGAUCUUCCACCUGGUGCCGCCGCCGGCCGAGCUGGCGCAGAGCCUGCGCCCGAGCAGGGCAGCUGUGGUCCCCGGCCCCCGGCCCCGCGAUUCGGACUACGAGGUGGAGGCACCAGGCCGGGGCCACGUCCGCGCCAUCGACAACCAGUACACGCCGCUCUGACGGGCACCGUGCCGGCACUGGGAUGCACUUUUGGGUGGAGAAAUCCUAGAGACCUUCCGGGUAUCCCAUCGAGAGAAAGAAUGUACCUAGUUUCUUCCUUCUGGUUAGGGAUGAUUAUUGUAUUUUUGCAAGGAAGGGGGUAAUUUUUCACUCCAGUACGGGUGUGCUCCCUCUCUUUGGCCUGUUAAAGGGCCUUUUAUUUUUAUUUUUGUUGUUAUUAUCAAAGCUUUCUCGUUACUGUUUACACACACCGCUCGUGCCUGCGUCCCUGUGUGCCGAGCAUCGCACCGUCAGGCUCGGUCUCCCGCCUGUCCCUGGCAUGACAGUGCCCAGCGAAGGAACCGGGGUCUUGCGUUACACCAAUAUAAUUGGAGAAAGGAAAAAAAAAAAGGAAAGAAAAAAAAGAAAAAAAAAAGGUGGAUUAUAAAUUCAUCGACCAGUUGCUGCUCCGGGCCGCACAGGAGAAGACGAGCCCCAUGCUCUCACCCCAGCAUGUGAUGCUGUUGCCAAACCCACCAGCAAACUCUGACCUGCCGGAGCUGAGCUCCCGCAUCGGGUGAAGAGGAUGAUUGUGAUCAGAGUUUGGGCUUUAUUUUUAGAUAAGGCAAAACCUGGCUUUUCUUGCUCUUCUUUUUUAACCCAGCACAGUUGCAGUCACUCCUUGCACCAGCCAGAGAAAUACUUACACCAUUAGCCUUGCUAAUUAAGAUGUGAACACUAACUGCUCCAUCACUAAUAAUGUCACUAGCUGAGAACUAACAUGGAGACUGACAGCAAACCACUCCUGCCGGUGAUGGAGGCAUUUUAUCCCAAUGAUGGAAGUGUUUUAUCCCGGUGAUGGAGGCAUUUUAUCCCAGUGAUGGAGGCAUUUUAGGCACAAAUCUAAAGUGAGUUCCCCCCCCCGGAAUGUUUUUUUUACCUCGCCAGUGCAGGCGACUGCCCACCCCGCUCUCACCUGCCUUUUUUCCCCCAUAAAACACUGCGUAACCAAGAGUUUGGCGGUAUUUAAAGCUAUGCAACUGCCUCUUGCCUGGAGUAGAAGCCUCUCCCGGCCAACCCCCCCCCAAGCCCACAGAGGGGCUGCACCCCCUGAUGUGCCUUAGACGAAGGAGGCCAGUGCGUCGGCAUCUCGACGGCUGUAAUUAUACACACAGCAGGCACUUUAACCUAUUCGCCCGUGUGCACCUCGCCCUAGGAGCACUGGUUGCUUGCACAGUGAGUUGCACGCCAAGUGAGACGUAGGCACUGCCAUAGCUCCCGCGGGAACAACCGCACAUCCAGCAAAUCCCCGGGGCUCGAUGUCCUCCCCAAAUCCCCAGCAAAGGCACCCGCACAAGGAGAGCAGCUCCGGAGCCGGGAGUGUGGCCAUGCCCCAACCUCCGCUGCUGUUUUCAGGUUCUGCAACCGUCGGUGCCGCCGAGCCCCAGUGCCGCUUUACCUGGCAGCGCCUGGGGCAGCCGGUGCGGCCACGCCGAGAGAGGAACUGCUUCUUAGAAGCUGACGUUAUUUUAAGAAUAAGGAAGGGGCUGGAGCUGUUGCGACACGCAGGAGGGGAUGUUCACAGCAUUCAACUUCCAGAUUUCUCAGCACAGCCCGUGUGGCACUCCCCAGGAUUUUGGAUGCAAAACUUGCCUUAAAAUUGCCUUACAGGAAAGCCUUUUAUUUUUAUAUUUAUUUUCCUUGAAAUUGCAAUAGAGGUGGGAGCCAUCUGGAGCAUUAACAUUUAGGAAUUAAUUUGAAAGCAAGCAAACAAAAAGCCUUGUGGGGCCAAAUUAAGGAGUUUGCAAAAAUCCAGCCUCUAGACAGGGCUUUGCUGUUAAGCCAGCGCAUGGUGAGCGCCGUUGGUAGUCAAAGCCCAAGGAGCCAAGCUCUGCUCAAGGUCAGCAUGAAGGGCAAGAUCACGGUGCUGUUGUGCUGGGGUGGGCCAGAAAGGGCAGAUGUAGCGCAGGCAGGAGCCAGGACCAGGCAGGGCCAAAACAGCCGGGGCCAAACGCAGUGGCUGUGAGAGCAAAUCUGGUUUUAUAAGUAGUAGUCAAAGGAUGAGGGCAGGGAGAAACUGGAUACCAUCAACUGAAGAAAUCACUUAGGAUUUGCAUUUUGUGCCUCCCUGUCUCUUGCUCCAGCCCUCUCUUGAGCUGUCUUCGUACAUUUAGAGCAGGCAAGGUCUUUUUUUCCCCCUUCCUCUGUUUAAAAUGACUUGGAAAUGGGCACACAGGGAGCAAUCCUGUAUUUCAGCAGGGAGCAGCAUUUCCUGGCGCUUAGCACACACCGUUGCAUGCUCACUCUUGAAACAGGAGCAAAUUGCACUGGCCGGCCGCACCUCCAGCGCUGCCAAACCCAACGAGGCUGCCAGAGAAACAAAGCCAGCCCUGUCCUCGGCCAUAACUCCUCAGCCGUAUCCGCAUCCCAUUUUCCUCCCCAGACCAGCACAAAGGCUGCACCGAAUGGCAGGAGCAUAUAGCCGGGGCUGGUUUGUGCCAGGCAAGUCAGCUCCCUCCAUUGCUAAUAAAUAACUCCCCAUGGUCUUGCAUUUAUAGGGAUGAAGAGGGGAAGGGGAGGAAGCAUAGCGCAAGUCGUCAGCUCCUUUGCCUGCUUGGUGCGUGGUUCCCAGAGCAUGCAUGCCUCAGAAAACACUUGCAUGUGCUAAAUCUUGCUAAGGUUCAAAGAGCUGAUUUAAGUCCUGCUGAGCUCCAGGCAGUCCCAAAAGACGAGGUAGUCUCACCCAAAUCCCCCUACGCUCAGAGCAUCUGCAAAAAAGAAUGGGCUGGGAAAAGCGAUUGCUAUUCACAGCCUGUGCAGCUCUUGCCAGUUAAAUCAGAUGCUGCUGCUGCUGCUGGGAUGGGUUGUUCUGGCACGCUGGGGCUUGUUGUUUGAGUGCCAACUAAACAUGCACACACAUGUGAUAUUUUUAACCUGCAGCUUAAUUGCAAGGGGUUUCUCCACAGUUUAAAUGGAAAUUGCUGUGCUUGAUUAGCAAAAUAUAUGUUGAGUUCAUUAUCGCCCCGCCAAGCCACUUCCCCUGUGCACACAGACUCCGGUGGAUGUGAACUUCCGUUCUCCCUGCUAGUGAGCAGUAGGAAAGUCGCUCUGAUUAUUUAAUAGAGUUAUUUCCAUCUCAGACCUCACCAACAAGGUAGCCAAGGGCUGUCCAACCACCCAGCUCCACCAUCCGCCCACCUUAGUCCUCUGCUCUGCCACAGCUCUGACCUGCUGUGGUCCCAACCCCAGCCACACCAGGACCUGAGGGGUUUUUUUGGGGUUAUUUCCCCAGCUCCUGGAGGAUUGAGUUUGAAUUUCUCUUAGAAAGCAUCAGGCUUGUGACACAGGUCAGAGGCUGACACGCAGCCCUACCUCUGCUCCUGCCAGCACACUUGGCUACAUUAAUCCAGCCCAUAAGGUACGCCUCUAUUAUAGUAGUGGGCAAAGAGCAUUAAGCCAUUCCAUUCUAUGGAAUAUAAACAACUUGAAGGAAUUUUUAGAUUCUUCUAGUAACUUGGGAGAAGAGCCUAGGACUUAGCAGGUUUAGUUCCCUGGCCCAUGCGGGUUUUUAGCGGUGGUGAUGAAGUAUCAGCAUUGAGUUUUGGGAGGAGGGAAAGCCAACGGAUGAGCCCCCGCGCAGCUGCGUGCUGCAGGUACGGCCACCUCCUGGCCUCCCAUAGAGGAAAAAGAGUGUUUCCUGGAGCUGAAACAAAGUUGGAGGUGAUCACUGGCUUGUGCCUUGGCCCCAGAGACAGGCACGUGCAACGCAAAUUUGGAUCCAACCUAACAAAGCCAUGACCCAACCGGCAGCGACUCUCGGUGCCUUUGGCUGGAGCCCUUGCCCGAUGACAACUCAUGCAGCCCUGGCGAGAGGGCUGGUAGGGAGGGAAGCCCCAGUUCAGCCAGCUACUCAGGACAGCUGUUUUUGGCAAUAAAGAUGCAAAACAGGCAGUGCCUUUGCUCUCUCUGACAGCAGGGACCUGGCUUAGGUUAUGCACCAAGACUAGGGUCCAGCCAGAACUUCUCUCCCUCAUCUCCGUCUCGUGCUUUGGAAACCGCUUGCUGUUUGCCAACAGACUCUCCCCAUCGGUGGCUUUCGCGUGUCCUUACAGGUGACAGGUUCUGAAGAAGUUGAUGCACGAAGCAUUAUUUAAUCCCUUCAUCCAUCCCUCCAUCCCCCAUCCCAGCCCUGAGGAAGGGCACCACCAAACUAACAGGUUUGAGUAUUUCAUAUUUUAAUUUAAUCUUGUUCGAUCUAAACAGACCCUAACCUUCACCAGAGGUGGGGAGGCGACUGCAUUCUCUAACUCAGCCUUUAGCAGAAUGAUAAAAACCAACAGUUUGUUGGAUGAAAAGUGUAUUCAUCUGAAAAUUCUACUUUUCACCUGCACAGAAAAGUUGUUCUUGUAUAGUAGGUUUUUCUAUAUAUUGUUUCUGUAUGUACUGUACAAGUAACUUAUUCUUGAAUAAUGCAAUUUUACCAUAAUAUAAAAAAUUCUGCUCUUAAUAAACUGUUUUUAGAACUUGUUUCUCA